AUGAAAUAUUUCUCAUCCUUUGUUUUAUUAUCGUGUAUUUUUUACAUUAAUUUUUCAUCAUCACUUGUUGUUUCUACUGAAUUAGAUAAAUUUUCCAAAGAGAUUUCCACAAAUGAUCACCAUACCGAGAAAUUAAGUAUCUUUGAAUUUAAUACUGGUAUUAUUGAUGUUGUUGAAAGAAAAGUCGAUGAAGUGUAUGCCGAAUUAGUUCGUAGAAGAGGAAGUUCAGGAGGUUCUCAUGGAAGUUCAGGUAGUUCUAGUUCUCAUGGAAGUUCAGGUGGAUCAAGUAUUGGAUCAAGUUCAGGUUCAAGUUCAGGAACGAAAGGUGGCUCUAGUUCUGGUGGUUCUACUUCAGGUUCUACUUCAGGAACCAAAGGAGGGUCUGGUUCAAGCUCAGGAUCAAACUCGGGUCAAGCUCCUCCAGCAUACUCUCCAAAUGACCCUAACCCUCCACCAGCCUAUUCUCCAUCUUCAGGAUCUGGAUCUACUUCUGGUUCGAGUGGUUCAAGCGGGUCAAGUGGUUCAAAUUCUGGUUCUAACUCUGGUUCCAAUUCAGGUUCUGGAACAACAAAUUCAGGAUCAGGUGUUGGUAGUAUUAUAGGUGGUGCUGCUGUUGGUGCUGCCAUUGGUGCUGGAGCAGCAUCAGGAAGUAGCGGUCUGCAUUCAGGAAGUACUAGUCUGAAUAGUACAACUUCGAAUAGUACAACCUCUAAAGUUGGUGCAGCAGCUAAUCUUCAACUCAAUCAUGGUGUUGCCUUGGUUUCUGCUAUUGCCAUUUAUAUGGCUGUUUUUUAA